AUGUCUUUCCUCGUGAAACUCGGUCUAAUAUUCUCUGUAUUCACGACCUGGGCAUCAUGCUUCAGCAAGUUCUUGCGGCCCCCAGAGCAGGACCCAGAUCAAGCAGUCGACCAGGACAUGACCAAGAACAACCAUUAUGAGGACGGAGAAAUGAUCCCGAUCCUAUACAACACCAACAUUAAAAAGGUUGACCUCUACAUAUGGCAAUUCAUUGACGCUGAAAAGAACACAACCGCUCGUUUAGAAAACGAUGGUACAUCUGAUUCUACCGGCUGGAAGGCCCAGUAUGAUAUUUCCAACGCGACCGAGAACAACGAAGAUUGCAUCUAUUGGUUUUCUUUAAUGGACAGCACAUAUAGCAGGACACUAGCAAAGUCCCAAUACGUAAACGUCAGCGCGCCGAAAGCCGAGACCACGACGGAUUCGCCCACGAGCAGAGAUGCCAGUCCUACACUUGAGCCUAGUUCUAAACCUGGUUUGUCUCGCGGUGGCAUUACCGGUGUAGCAGUCGGCGCCACAAUUAGAAGUCUACUGAUUCUUAGGGGUAUUAGAUAG